GUUUAAGUAUAAUACAAUGUAGAUAUACAUUCAUAUUGGCAAGCAUAUGGAUUCAUUUUAGUGAAACACGGGGUUAGAAUGGAAUAUUUGAUUUACGCUUGGAACUUCUUUUACUGCAUAAAUGCAGUAAUCUCAUCAGAUAUAAUAUCAUUUGAAGUAAACACAACGUCUGUUAAAGAAGGCAGUGCAGUUCUUUUUAAGUGUUUAUCUCAAAAACAGACGUAUGGUAUAGAAUUCCUUAGGGACAGUAGUUAUCUCGGACUAUAUAGUAUUUUAAAUUGCCUUGUUAUAAGUACUGACUACAUUACAUCAAAAAACACUUCUAGUGACAGUUACAACGAGAACUAUCUGACCAUUAAACGUUUCAUACAAACAAUGGCUGGAUUGUACACCUGUAGAUCGAUAGAGACUGGAGAUUCUAAAAUGAUUAACCUAACUAUUGCAGCUCCCAUAACAUAUGUGAAUCUCAACCCGACGAACAAUCCGGUGUCGGUUAUUGAAAACACCAGCUAUCAGUUUGAAUGUGAGACAUCCAUUGGUAGCCCAUACGCUACAGUACGAUGGUUUAAAGACAACAGAACUAUCGAUAACAUUGCUGACGACAUUGAGCUUACACCUCUAUCAACAUCAAGUCAACUGAACGAAGUUACAAGAAGCGUUCUACAAUUUCAACCAACGAAACAUGACCAUGGAAUGAGACUGUUUUGUCUUGCUAAUAACGGAGGUCCUGACAUAUAUUCUGCAAAGGCAGUUUUGGAUAUUUUGUAUGGUCCAAGUACUCCAACGUGUCAAUUCAACAGCUCAAUGGUUAAUGAAAGUAUAUACAUACGGGAAGGUCAGGAUCUCACCAUUUUAUGUUCAGCUGAUGGUAAUCCACCACCUUUUCUGACGUGGACGUACCCUGGAGGAACUUACUCUGGUCCUACCCUCCGUUUAAGCAAGAUUGCAACCGAUACGAGUGGGAACUUCACAUGCUCUGCGGAAAAUACUUUGAAACCAACCGAUGAACAAGAAGUAAUUGGCUCUACCACCUUUACCUUUGCUGUUAAUGUUCACGUUCCGAUCGAUGCAGUAUUUAUUUCUUCACCAACAAAAGACGUGGUCGUCUUACAAGACAACGAAGAGCUUAUUGUCAAGUGCGAGUGUUUAGAUGGUAUACCAAAAGCAACGUUUGAAUGGUUUUUAGACAAUGCAACCAAUGAUAACAAGACCGAUGACAAACUUAUUGCAAAUGAUAUUGAUGUGAGCGUCGAAAAUCAGUUUCAAAAUGGUAUAACAGUCAGCUUUUUUACAUACAAAGCCAAGCCUUCUGAAAGCGGUACGAGAAUAUAUUGUCUUGCAAGAAACGUAGUAAACGAAGUAAGAUCGAGCAAUUCUUUGCUUCUGGCAAUAAUCGGCAUUCCAGGACCGCCGUAUAACAUUCAAGUAAAAGACGUUACACAUGAUGCAGCGACCUUGAAAUGGAAUCAGCUUUACACAGGAGGUUUAGAGCUUUCUGUUGCCAUGGAACUUCAAGGAAAUACAAACGAAUGGGAGAAACAUGAAGUAUCAGAGUUUGUCAAUAAUAACACCAACAUGAGAGCUUCUUUAAACAACCUAAAAGCAUCCACAUCGUAUGUGUUGCGCGUCACGGUGUACAAUGUCUUGGGUCGAAGCAACACUUCUGAUGAGAUGAACUUUCAAACGCUUGAACAAAACGGAGGUGUUUCAUCAUUUGGAUCCGCUGCACUGCUUGGUGGGAUUUCUGGAGCGUUCGUACUUGGUGUGGCGCUCGGGUUUGGUGCUGCGUGCCUUAUUGUUAAAGUUCGCCGUGGUAGAGCCUCGAAACAAGUCUUUGAAACGACGACAGCUGAAGCUAAAAGAGGUGAGAAAGAUUCUACAUAUUCUGAGCUUGACGUCCCAACCAUGGGAACUUCAACAUCCUACGAGAUGAUAACGCAUAACAUGUGACAUAAAUAUCUUAAUACGAAUUACUUUGUGACGAAGGUGUUGAUUUAUCAUACAAAUAAUAAUCAUUAAGCAUUAAAGUUUAGCUUUAUUUAAUGGCUAUUUUUCUGCAUAAUAGGUAGUCUUAAAGCUGGCACCAAUGUCUGAAUACAAAAGUCCAAAUUACCAGGCGAUGAAACAUAAUUGAAGGUGGUGAAGUACACAGAGUAGUAUUAACGAACGGAAAAAGGGAACCUUUGAAAUUAAGGUUUCAAAUGAUUCUCUGUAUUUUCACCUUAAAAACGGCCCUUGACAAAGGAAAUUUUGUUUUCAUGUAAUUCGUACCAUGCUAUUCUAAAUAGAAAUCGACUGCAAACAUGUUUAAAAUGUGAUUGUAGUUUGUGCUGAAACUACAUAUUGUUUUGGCAUGGAUUCGGGUGACUGCCUUAGAAUUAGGUUGUCAUUUUAGAUUUUUGUAUUCGACUUUAACAUUUUUGUUUAAACUAAAGUUCCGAAAUUAAGGACAAUUAUACACAUGUGUUAUCAACAACAGAGAAAGUCAAAAUAAUGACUGGAAAUUAGAAUGCUUUUAAUACGGAUUCCGACCGAACAUCUUUGGCGACCAUAAUUACGUGUCUGUCAUUGAAGAAUGUUUGUGAAGCCUAAUACUUACUUAUACAUAAAUAUAUAUUCUUGUUUUAACUGUAUAAAAAGCUUUAUCUAUAUGAAGUAUUAUUAUUUGUGUAUGAAUAACUUUCUUAAGCUGAAUUUACAUAUAUUCAAUGUUGUUACAUAUUUUGGGUAAUAGAGUGUUUUCAUUUUUAUCGAUUCAUAUGUGCUUUCCAGUCUAUUUGAUAAAUGCUUUUGAUAUAGCAGGGAGUUAUUAAUUAUGAUACGGUUUUGGAAUUUGAUUUACGUAUACUUGUGGAUGAAAAGGGAUUUUGUUUUUAUUCUUUUGGCAAAUCGAGGGUUUAGAUGUACAACAUGUUUAAUAUAAUGUUUUCUUAUGUAAUUAUAUGUAUAUUUGGCAAACUUUUUGCAUUUGUUCCAACUGUCUACCUUCGCUCGGGAUGUUUGUAAUUCAAGAAUAAAGCAUAUUAUCUGUACUGCAUAUCUUUACCCAGCAUUCUUGUCAUUCAAUAACAUCUUUCAAUUUGUGUAAAUAAGGAAGUGUAAUCAUUUAGAGGUUAUGAAAGUUGGCGUGUAUCUUACUGCAUAAAAAUGCUUGCAUAAUACUCUUUUGAAUGUAUUUGAUUAAUGAUAUGUAUUUCAAAGCUAAUAAAAGUGCUCCGUCUGUUCUUGUUUCAUUAAAACAUGAAUUUGGAUAGAAACUAAUGUCAAUAUUUCAUGAAUAAUACUGUAUUUGUAUUUUUGAGUGCUCAACCCUUUAGAAGACGGCAGCGCAGUUCUUUUUAAGUGUUUAUUUUCACUCAUAAACAGACAUUGAGUGUAUAUUUCAUCUUGGGCGAUAUUUGUAUUUAAUCAUGUAGUUUUAUUGUUGGCCAAGCUAUAAGUACUGAUUACUUAACAUUAAAGAACACUUCUUGUGAGAGUAACAACAUCCACUGUCUGACCAUAAACCAUGAAACAAUCGCUGGAUCGUUCAACUUUAUAUCGGUUGAUACAUAAGACUUAAAAAUGAUUAAUCUAACUCUUGCAGGUUUGUAUAUUGGAUCCCAAAACACCGAUAUCAAGUAUACGACACAUAUGCUAAGUAGUAUCUUUUCUACCAACAGUCCUUCUCAAGGACUGUAGCCAUACAUUUAACUUAUUAUAAGUUGCAUCGUCAAUGAAGUCAUUGUUAUAUCGACGUCUCAUACCUUUUCACGUAAUAAAGCAUCAUUUGACAAUUAUGAUCGUUGUUUUAUCAAGAUCAGACGUAUUCCAAAGGUGUUGCGUUUAACUGAAUAACGUUCAUCUAGGGAAAGGCCAUUUGAGUGUAAAUAUUAUUACACAGUCAUUGAAACUACAAAGUAACAGUUUGAA